CGUCACCAGGUCAACUUCUUCAUUCCGUACUGAGCCGUUUUCAGCCCGGAUAACCGUGCGCAGGAGGAUCAGGACGCAUCCACGAGUUUCUUUGGUGCUGAAACCGGACGUCCAGACUCUGAGACGGUUCUGGUGACAGGAUGAGUCCCGGCGCGGUGCUGCUGGUUCUUGUCCCUGCGUUCUGUCUUCUGCUCUCCGGGAACUGCCUCCCCGCGUCUCUGAGGGGACAUGGAGACACCAUCCUGGGUCAAGAGAUAUUUAAGGGCGUGACCAACUUCAGCACCUUCCAACUGGACCGGUCAUCAGGGAUGCUGUUCCUUGGCGCCAGAGACGCCAUACUAGCCAUAGACACCAACAACCUGAACCAGCAACCCAAAAAGAUAGUCUGGGAGGUGCCAGAGGAGAAAAGAAACUCUUGUUUGGGGAAGGGAAAGACAGAGGAGGACUGCAGAAACUACAUCCGUCUACUGGAAUUCAUCGAAGAUGGUCGACUCUACGUGUGUGGUACCUAUGCCUUCGACCCCCAGUGUGCAUUCCUGGAACCCUCCUCCUUCACUUUGGAGCAAAAUGAGGAUAGAGGGGUGAAGAUGGAGACUGGGAAGGGCAAGUGCCCCUUUGAGCCCAGUCAACAUUACACAGCAGUUAUGGCAGAUGGUCUUCUGUACACAGCAGCCACCAGUAACUUCCUUGGAACACAGUUUGACAUCUCCAGGGCAACGGGACCGGAGCAGGAGCGCAUUAGGACUGAGCAAUCCAUCAACUGGCUCAGUGACCCAAAGUUUGUCAGCUCUGCCUUCAUAAAGCAGCCUGAGGACAAUAAUCCCACUGGAGACGACGAUAACAUCUAUUUCUUCUUCACUGAGACAGCCAAAGAGUAUGAUCUGUACACCAAAGUCAAAGUGCCAAGAGUGGCACGAGUCUGCAAGUCUGAUGUGGGAGGGAUGAAAACUCUGCAGCGACGUUGGACCACUUUUCUCAAAGCCCAGCUGGUGUGUGAGGACAAACCCAGUGGUCAACGCUUCAACAUCCUGACAGACGUCUUCACAACUCAGCACAUUCCAGGAGACCCCAGCAGCACACACUUCUAUGGACUCUUCACCUCCCAGUGGGAGCCUGAAGAUGUGUCAGCUGUGUGUGUUUUCAGUCUGUCUGACAUCAGCAAAGUGAUGGACGGUCCUUUCAAAGAGCUGAAGAAGCCGUAUGAGAACUGGAUUAAUCCCGAGCCUGUUCCGACACCAAGGCCUGGACAGUGCCUGAACAAUGCACUGAAGACUGAAGGAAUUGAGUCCUCCCUGAAACUCCCUGACAAGGUGCUGACGUUCGUGCGAGACCACCCCCUGAUGGAGAACAGCGUCACUGCAGCCCCCCUGUUAGUCCGGAAGGGAAUCAGAUACACCAAGCUGGCUGUAAACCUAAAAGGAAGUGCAGAGGAGCAACAAGCAGCCCUGCUACAACUUGGAACAGAUCGUGGGGAGCUCCACCAGGUGGCAGUAGUGGGCCAGAAUGCCACUUUACUCCAAGAGAUUCCUCUUUUUGCUUCACAAGAGCCUGUUAAUUAUAUAAUCCUGCAUCAGGGUGGCGCUCUGGUCAGCAGUCCUCUGUCGGUGGCUCGAGUCCAGACUCAGGGCUGUGAUCUGUAUCCAAGCUGUGAGGUUUGUGCCAGAGCCAGAGGACUGGGCUGCGUGUGGAGCGCAGGAAACGAAACCUGCCUGUCAACACAAGCAAACCCCGGUCCAGGUGAUAUUGUGGAUAACGCUUUAAAAAUGUGUCAAACAUACGAAAGCCGCUGCCACCCAUCUACCAUGGCGCUGAAAGUCUCCAUGGGGCUACGUAUCCUGCUGCCUUGUGUCCAGCUCUCUCCUCGGCCCUGUAGCUGGGAGUAUCCUCCCCACAGACACACCAGGCAACACAACUCUGACUUAGAGGUGACUGUCGCAGAGGACAGUUUGGGGAAAUACGUUUGCACAUGCCAGGAGGGCGGACCAAAUGUGAGAGACCCCACCCCCUGCCGCCGAGCAGCCUAUCAUCUGAUGCUCGAGGAACCCAGCGUUGGAGGAUGGGCCAGAUCGAAAGAAGGUCGCCACGUUUUAGCCGUCUACAUCCUCUUCUUCUUCAUGGGCCUUUUGCUUGGCGCUGGCCUUUUCUACUUUGUGAACCAGAGGAAGCAAAAUGCACUCCAGAAGCCUAAUAGUUCACAGUUGUCGGAGAAGGAGCGGGAAUUACUCAGCUCCACAUCCACUCCGCAGUUCCCCAGCAGCUCCAGCUUGCUAUCUUGCGGUUUCAGGAUGACCGAAAAACGAAACGGAACAACUUCCACAACAACUACGACGACACUCCUCAGCAAUCAUGGUAACGGUGGUCAGCAUGGAAACAGCUUCAGCGGCACAAAUAACAGCAAUGGACUGUAUUCAAACUGCAAAACAAGUAGCAGCGAGCUAAAGCUCAGCUCUGAAAAAUUAGCAGCAAACAGGGCGGGGGUGGGGGAGUCAGGGCAGGGGGAUGAAAUAGAUAAAGGGUUGGGAGAUGGGUUAGGGGAAGUGUUGGACAUAAACGAGACUGAAUACAAAAACUUGUCUAGAUCUCAAGCACCACUGGCCAAGUGUGAAGAAAGCUCAAUAUGAAAAUAAAAAAGAAUCCGACUUUGAAGAGUUUUGCAGGAUCCAAAUAAACUGAGAACCAGUGGGGAUAAAUGCAAAAUGCGGUACUGCCCAAUGCCUUUGCAUAGGAGCUGUGGCAUGAAGAGAUUCAUGAGGACAAGUUUAUGACAAAGCAUGUUCAAAAAAAACUUUUAUAUACGACGAGAUGUGCACAGCACAAAACAAAACUGUGUGUGAUAAUAAGACCACUUAUUGUUAGUCACUCAGGAGAGACACGGUUUAAAAAUGCUUUGGAUGUAAAUUAAAAAUAGAAACAGCGAAGUGAACUGUGAAAACAAGAA